AAGAUCGACAACUACACUCGCCUUGUCGUGGUUUACCAAUACCAGAGUUCCACAUACAAUCGCACAGAUCGAACCGAAGGAACAGUAGAAGGACACCCUUCCAAAAAUCUCAGCUUCGCCUGAAACGUGGUGAUGCUAGUUUUUACGUUUCGGUUGUUGUUAUCGUUGUUAUGAAAGUUAUUUUCAUUUGAGUCUGGCUCGCUUCUUCGGUGCAUUCUUCAUCAGGGGGUGAUGAAUUUUCUGAUAGGAUUUUCACUACCUUAGCAUUCAGAUUAUCCGGUAAAAUUCGAAACAAAUGAUUUGUUGAUGGAAUUGGAACCGAACCGCAAAACAAGAACGGUGUUCUUCGUCUCGACUAAAGUCUGAUGGAUAGGAAAUGUGGAUGAAAACCAAACAACAUUAUUCCAACAAGAGCAAACAACCCUUAUUACUUGGUUUGUUCUCUGUUCGCACUUGAGCGUGUAUUUGUGUGUGAGUGUUAAAGUGUGUACUCUCCCAGGAGCUUUCGUUUAAAUACCCUAAAAUAACGUAGCAGCUGACAAUAGCGCCAUCAUCAGGAAUCAACUGAAAUUACGAUCAACAAUUACAAACCAGAGUACCAGUCAGGGUGCACACACAAACCGCAGAAUCACCAUCAAUGGUGGAGGUCCUUGCGAACGCGAAUCGGGUAGCGUACAGCUUGUAGGAAGUUGCAGCGGAGAGAAAGCAUUUAUUCAUAAGUGAUUCGUUGAAAAGUACCACUCACAUACACUUGGCUGGAGUUUGGGACUGACAGCACAAAUUGAAUUUUCCUGGAAAAGUGCUAUCGCGAGCAGCAGACAACUUUUGAAGUGUUUUGUGACGCGAACCAGCGGUACCCCUCUUCGACCAAAACAUCCCAAACCACCCAGCAUCCAAACGUUGAGAGCUGAUCGGAUCCGGUGGGAGUCGGGGUGUGAAAUUUAAUCGUGCGGUGGAAGCUGUCAUUUUGUUUCAUUCUUGCCGAUAAAUCAGUAAAAGGUCAAACGUGUAAGCGAACCCCUGACGAUGGAUCCCCAUAAUCCGUUCAACUUUCAUCUGGGUCCACCGAGCAGUUCAGCCCAUUCUCACCACCCGGAACCAACGCCAAGCCCUCCACAGAGUGUUCCGGGAAGACGUACCCCUUUGGGCACGGUAGGUCUAGGUGGAUUCUACGCCCAACCACAUGCGUCAGCUGCUGUUUCGCUAACAGACGAAAACCGUCCAUCCGGAAGUGCUGAAAGCCAUUUCAGUCCUCCCCCGCACCACCAGUCGGCACCGGUUGCCGGUGGUAAGCAAAAGAAUCGUCAGGGAAAAACUGUUCGGUUGAACAUAAAUGCCAGGGAGAGACGUCGAAUGCACGAUUUGAACGAUGCUCUUGAUGAAUUGAGAAGUGUCAUCCCGUACGCUCACUCUCCAUCGGUUCGAAAAUUGUCCAAAAUUGCCACGCUACUGUUGGCCAAAAACUACAUUUUGAUGCAAGCCAACGCUUUGGAUGAAUUACGAAGAUUAUUGGCGUACAUCCAAAGUGCAGCUGGUGCUGGCGCACCUACCGUCGACUUAAGAACAAUGCCUUCUGCGCUGAAAUUACAGCAACUGCUUCAAACUCCACAACAAGAACUGCAACAACAAGCCCAGCAACAUCUACAACAACAGCAGCAGCUACAACAGCAGCAACAACAACAACAGCAGCAACUCUCACAGCAAAGUGGAGCGCCACCUCCACCUAAUUCGAAUUCUUGAAUGUAGCUACUAUGAAAAGUACAUAUACAUGCCAAAAGUUCAAUUACUUUAACAAGCGAGUGUUUGUGACCCAUUGAAAACAUGCAUACUAGUCAACGACUGCAACAUUUAAACAAUUUUGUAGUGAUGGAAACAACUUUAUAUAGGAUCCUGUUAGCAAUACAAGCAAAUUAUUGGACUAGUCAGAUUUGUGAUGAAACAAAGAUAGUAUUGAUAUUUCAUACUUCGUAUUUUCAAUAAAGUA